UGCUCAGUUUCUCAAAGGAAAGCAAUCUGGAACACUCUAAAAUUUCUUUAUUGCUUUUCAGUUUGGUUUAUUCAAGGUAAAAUGCUCACGAUAUUUAUACUAAUUCUUAUAACAACGAUAUGUGUUCGUGCUGCAGAUUUUGAUGAAGAUGCACAAGCCACAUGCAUGUGCUUUACUCACAUUUUUUGCGAUCUGAAACAAUUUGAAAUGGCUCUGGAUAUCAUAGGAGAUAAUGAAGUAGCGUUCAAACAUUUCGAAGUUCUCAUCUCAAAACUGGCUGGGAAAUAUGACAUAAAUAUUGACAGAAAGCGUAUAAACGAUCGGAAUGCAUGGGAAGAGUAUGGAUCCCCUGUUUGUAAGAUGUCGGGAGAAACAAAGGCCAAAUUGUGUAGUGAUUGGUUAAAAAACUGGACAGCCAUAGUAUCG